GUGAUCAGAUCUCAUUGAGAAACCAGAAAGACAGGAGGGAGGAGAAAGACUUGCAGCAUUGCAGUCAGUGCAACUGUGAGAUGAGAGAGGGAUCCUGAGAAGGAGGACAAGGACGAGGGCUGACUAAUUGUCGCAAGCAUCAUGAAAAUGGUUAUCCAAGUCUUGUGCUUCUCUCUCUUAAUAACCUUGUACAAGUGUGCUGUGAUCACUGGGGCCUGUGAGAGGGAUCUCCAGUGUGGAGGUGGGACAUGCUGCGCCAUCAGCUUAUGGCUCCGUGGACUGCGGAUGUGCACUCCUUUAGGGCAAGAGGGAGAUGAAUGCCACCCCAUUAGUCACAAGGUUCCUUUCUUUGGAAAACGACAACAUCAUACCUGUCCAUGCUUGCCAAAUUAUAUAUGCUCCAAAUUCAUUGAUGGCCGAUACCGAUGUUCUGUUGAUUUCAAGAACAUGGACUUUUAAUAAAAAGGCAAGAGUCUUCUGGCCCUUCCUACCCCAGAAUCCACAUAAUGUACAUCA